ACGCAUCACGUAGAGUGUAAAAGAGUAAAUAUGAGCAAAAUAAAUUACAGCAUUAUGAGUAAUCUGUCCAUGAAAUUGGCAAGGCACACUAUAUAUUCAGCUUGCUCCGUGGGUGAACAGUAGUAAGCCUCAGAGACGCAGUGAGUGCUUGACUUCAUCACUGAGAAAGACAAGAUCAGAAUAAUGGAAGCUUUGAGCAUAGCAAACACUGGGUUUGCUCUUGACUUUUUUAGACAGGAAUGUAAGAUGCAAGCCAACAGAAACAUCUUGUUCUCCCCUUUGAGUAUUUCAUCUACUAUGGCCACUGUGUACCUGGGUGCGAAAGGUAGUACGGCAGCUCAGAUGGCAGAGGUGCUUCACUUUAACGAAGUUGGAGAAGUUGGAAUGGCCACUACCACUACAAAACCACAAACCUAUUACAAGAUGGAAGAGCUUCUGACAAACCGGUGUAUCAGCCUCCAGAAGACUAAUCUUGAUAAAUCAAGUAAUAUCCAUGCAGCAUUUCAAGCACUUAACUUUGAAAUCAACAAACCCACUAAAAAUUACCUGCUUAGAAGUGUCAACCAGUUAUAUGGAGAAAAAUCAUCACCUUUCAAUACAGAAUAUUUACAGUCAGUCAAGAAAUAUUACAACACAGAGCCACAAGCUGUAAACUUUGUGGAAGUUGCAGAAGAAGUCAGAAGAGAAAUCAAUGCCCAAGUUGAAUACCAGACUGAAGGCAAAAUCCAGAAUCUGUUGCCUGAGGAUUCUGUCGAUUCACUCACCAGGCUGGUCCUGAUAAAUGCACUUUACUUCAAAGGAAGCUGGGCAAAGAAAUUCAAGGAUGGUGUUACAAGAAAACAACCUUUCAGAAUAAACAAGACUACAACAAAGCCAGUGCAGAUGAUGUACCAGAGAGGGAAAUUUAACUGGAAUUACAUACAAUCAGUGCAUACCCAUGUCCUUGAACUUCCGUAUGUCAACUGUGAUCUCAGCAUGUUCAUUCUGCUACCAAAAGACAUCAAUGACGACACUACUGGCCUACAAAUGCUUGAAAGAGACUUGACUUAUGAGAAGUUAGCUGAAUGGACCAGCCCCAAAAUGAUGGAAGAAACUGAAGUGGAAAUGUUUCUGCCCAGGUUCAAGAUGGAAGAGGGAUAUAAUCUCAAAUCCACUUUGAGCAGCAUGGGGAUGCCAAAUGCCUUCAGCAUGGGCAAAGCCGACUUCACAGGGAUGUCAGAAAGAAAUGAGCUGGUUUUGUCACAAGUUUUUCACAAGUGCUUUGUAGAGAUCAAUGAAGAAGGCACUGAAGCAGCAGCUGCCACUUCAGCUGCCAUGAUGGCACGAAGCCUUAUGUCUACUGUUCAGUUUGUUGCAGAUCACCCUUUUCUCUUCUUCAUCAGGCAUAAUAACACCAAGAGCAUCCUUUUCUUUGGGAGGUUCUGCUCUCCCUAGAAACUCAGCUACCCGUUAUUAAACAGGAUCUUACAGCAAAGUAGCUUAAAUAAAUUAAUCUCGAGGUUCCAAAUACUUUGAGUAAUUUUUCUUCAUUUUCCUGUACCUUUGGCCAAUCUCUUCUGGGCUUGGGGAAGAGCCAGUAGUGCAAUAGACCAGGAAGUCUAAUCUCCUAUACAUACGGUUAAAGGACCAGAUCAUGGUGGUGGUAGGCUAUCACUUAAGUGCUCGGUAGAAAUGUAUAGAUUCCUUUCUACAAAAAACCACCAGUUGCACUCUUUCUAGUGCAGUUGUAAAGUAGAAAAAAACCCAAAUCUGAUACAAGGAACUGCGUCUGAAGAAUAAAAUUAAAUGUCUGUAAUGGAAUACAAAGAAAGCAUUCACAUGUUGGGAUAGAUCCUUCAGCUGAGGCAAAUUGAAACAUUUCCCUGGAAGCCAAUGGAAUUAUCCUAGAUGAGGCUCUGAUCCACAGUCUUACUGUCUGAGCUAUCCAUGUAUGCCAUUUCAAAAUCUACAUAUACAUACUGUAGGAUCAGAUAUAAAAUGCAGCCUGCUUGAAGAUAUUCUGUUUGCCCUGCUUAUAUCUGUCAUUCACACUAAUUGAAUGCCUAUGGCACAGUGGAAUUUCCCGGCACAGCGAAAAAGCCCGCCAAGUCCACCGGCCGCAUCGUUCAAACGAGCGCCACCCAUUGGCCGGUUACAAAUUAUUCCUACUUGGCAACUAGCAAUUGGCUUGCUAUCCAUAUAAAGAUCAAAGCAGUUUCCGCCCAAGUCGGAGAACUCUGGACACAACCUGGAGUAAACUUGGCAGACUGAUCAUCCACCAACGACUCCCCGUCACCGACCUGCCCGACGUACCCCCUUCCUUGUGCACUCGGUGAUUCAUUUAUGGAACGUCCCGUCUCGCUUCAAGGGCUCUUGCUACGUUUCUCUCGCUACGUUUGUAACUCAUUUGUAACUGCAAUUAAGCCAGUUCUUCCUACGCUGCACACAUCAGUAGCAUAAGUAAACAACCUUGUUGCAACCAAUACGCAUCCGUGCCUACUUCCACUCCACGCGUCGAAGU